AAAAUGUCUGCAUCAUUUUUAUUACUUCGAAAUAGUUUUCCAUCAAUAAAUCACCAAAGUAACGGAGGGAAUGGAAACGGAUUUACAGAAUGUGAUACUUGUUUAAAUUAUGAUACCCAAACUUGUUGUUUUGUAAUUUUACCUUUAACUGCAACUGCAGGAUUUUUUAUUUGGCUAUUUAUUCAAGUAAUUAAUUAA